UGGAAAACGAACACUACAAAGACGAAGCCUUUAUAUCUGCACCAAAGAUGUAUUGGCUUUUGCUCUCUACCUUSCUUAGCCUGGGAACAAUGGCUAAUGGGUGCAUUACUAAUCUCAGCGGAGACAGUGGAGAGCUCUCGAUCGAUAAAGAGUACUUAAGCAGGGCGUCAAACUGUUCGUGGACAAUUGGUAAAGGCAGAAGUGAUAUCGACUUCAUAGUCAUCAAAUUCGAACCAUUUGAUCUGGGAAAUCAUUGCUUUGAAGAUCAAUACCUUUACGUGGAAGUCUCUGAUGUGAAUCACGAGUUUAAAGUUAAAGAAUGUGGUUGGGCGCGGUCAUUUGGAGUUGUGAUUAAAAGGCGCUCGGCAGUUGUCAGAUAUUACUCGGAGAUAGGUUACUUAUACCAUAUGCAUUGUGGACGGUAUCAAUGCAGCGACAAUAAUCAAAAUAUUCGUCUGUCUUUCCAUGUUAUUUCAAAGAAAUUGGCAGGUUCGAGUGCAAAGAACUGGAAACCAACUGUAAAACAAUCCAAACCUGGUGUAGUUACCAUUAAUUGGGAUCACUCGACGCUGCCAUCAAAGAACUAUAUUGUUAUACCGUUGUAUGACGACUUUACUACUUCAGGAGAGGCAUUGAUGUAUACUAUUGAACAUAGAAAUGACCAUUCCGUAGCAGUGGAAUACCUUAAACCAGAAAGCUCAUAUUCGUUUAAAGUCAUUGCUUUCGAUUCUACGAAUACGAGGGGGACCUUCAUCGAAAGCACUACAUCGUCUAUUAUAAUGAAUAAUGGUUCGAUAAGACUUAUGGGUGGAACGCUAUCCAACGAGGGAAGAGUUGAAGUAUUCAAAGACGGUUUAUGGAAUAAGAUAUGCUUUAAUGAUUUUUGGUGGAAUCGCAAGACUGCUAAAGUUGUUUGUCGAUCGUUGGGUCUACCCAAUCUCUUUAAUGUUGUGCAUGAUAGAGACUUUAUGGGGACGUUAUUUCCAAUGCAUUUGCUUAAGUAUAGUUGUAAUGGAACGGAGACAAGUCUCGAAGAUUGCAAAUAUACACAAUCCGAUUGUAAGGACUACAGAAGACAUUCUGGAGUAAUAUGUGGAAAUCCACCUGUUUUCCGUCAAAAUAUAACUGAGAUGACUGGCGUUAUUACAAGUCCUGGAUAUCCAUCUUUCAUGAUGCAAGCUGAUCACCGCUGGACAUUUACGCCAAACUUGACACAAGGACGCGUGGCUCUCUAUUUUGAUGUGCUAGAUUUGAGGCGGCGUUAUGAUGGUAACAGCCGUGUUUACAUCCAGGAUACAAGUAAAGUGUUUCGCAAUCACUUGUAUGAUGGAUUUACGACAGUACUGAGGUCACCAGGUCAACUUAAGUUCUACUCAUCUUUUUCAACUCGUCGGGUUACUAAUAGACAGUAUGGCAAGGGAAUGCGAGUGAAAUACUUUUCCUAUAAUGAACCAGUGCCUCUUCUAAACAAUUGGAUCAUAUCAUUUUCGAACUACAACUAUGACAGAAUCACUGCAAAUUGGACUCAAAUUAAUGUUAAAGGCUAUGGUAUUUUUGGAUUUUUGAUAUCCUGCAAUUCAACACAAGAUUGGGCUAACGAAGCAGUUUACGGGUUUGGAGAAAACAACUCAACAUCUGUGACUUGUAAUGGGCUUAUUGGGUACACUAACUAUGACGUGUACGUGUUGGUGAUGUUAAAGAAAGAAAGUACUGGGACUUGUACGGCAUAUAAGAGUUUAACAGCGUCAAUAACAACUCCUGAAUCAUCUCCCAGUAUUAGUCCUCAAGGGGAUUACUGCACUGAUGUUACACCAAAUACAGCAGUUAUUGGCUGGAACUCACUCCACAGAAAAGAUGCUCAUGGUGUUCUUCUUGGAUAUACUGUACAACUCUACCGUUAUUUCACUAGCACUUAUGUCAAAGAAAUAAAAACCAAUGAUACAUCGGUGAUAUUUAGAGAUCUUUCACCUGCGAACGAAUAUAGAGCGGAAAUUAGAGGCUACACUGCAUCUGGAACGGGACCAUAUGCAAGCCAUUAUUUUUCAACAAAGUGUGGAGGUACUAUAAAAAAACAACUGCAUGGCAAGAUACAAAUUGUGGAUGUUAAUGUUUGGUCUGCAACCUGUAUUUGGAAAAUUAUGGCACCCACUCCAAACACGCUGAUCUUACUCAGUCUGGAAUCGCUGGAUAUACCAUUAUCCUUUGGUUGCGAGGACUCCUACUUGACCAUUAAGGACAUCAAAGGAAAUUCAGCCCAUGGAAGAUUGUGCGGCUCAAGGCAUUAUUUGUCUUUUGUCUCAUUUGGCUUUGCUGAAGUAAAACUUUAUUUUAGAAGAUCACGAAGGUCGACCCAUAUGACCUCCUCUUUCUUCAUGCUUGAAAGUGGACUUGGAAACGGAUGCAGCCAGCGAACUCUAACUGACAAACGUGGGAUAUUCGCUUCACCUAACUUUCCAAGUAACUAUCCAUCAAAUGCACACUGUACUUGGAGAAUUUCUCCGCUUACCUCAACACAGAAAAUCGUGAUUAUAUAUGAAGACUUUGAUGUCGAAGAAGGCUAUAACGGAAUUUGUAGGUAUGCUGAUACGAAUUAG